AUGGGAAGAAAGCGGAAACAUGACGAUGUUGCUUCAGACGACGCGCAGCCAGACGGCUCAGCUGUAACUGCUGCCACCAGUCAUGGCGGCAACGGCUUUGGCCUAGCGGAUACGCUAUCUCUCCUUCGUGACGGUGACGGACCUCGAGAGCCAGCCUUGCCCAAGGACACCUCAGGCGGAGAAGGAAAGGACCAGACUGGGGGGUGGCAGAUGGUUGACCACACGUCGAAGAAGCGAAAACGAAUAGGAAACGAGAAAACAAAGUACCCGACCUUGACAUAUGCGAUGGGUGGCAGACAGUCGUCCAUCAAAAUUUCAGACUUACAGGGAUUGUUAUUGUACUGUCUUGCGGAUGCUGUUGCGCCGCAAUGGAUAUCAGUAAAGCACUCUGGACAUGUAAGAAAAGUUGUUAUGCUUAUGGUCCCGGGUCUGGAGCUGGGAAUGUUCGAUGGAUCAAUCCCGUUGUCCAAGGGGGCAGAAACGCCUACCCCUGAGGUAACCGCUGCCGCAGCUGACAAUAGCCAAUCUGGAGAAGACGCAAAGAAAUCCAGCGAGUUUGAACGCUGGAAACGUGGGGUGUCUCCCAUCAGUGAGGAAACUUCCCGCCAGUUUGCUCCCAGAGCUAUCCAUAGGGAUAAGUUGCCAGAGGCUUUAUCGCCUCUUGCAGACAUGUUUCCGCAUGUCUGGCCAGUCAAGUCCCCUGGAGACUCAAAAUACAACAAGGUUCAUUCGCCCCUUCAGGCGAUCUUAAGAUCUUCCUUGCCUAAAUCUAAGGAAAAUAACAACAAUAAUAACAAAAAGUCCAAGGGUCCCGGAAAUUGGGUAUCCCAACGGACACCCAUUACCACUUUUCUGAGCACACUUGAUGAUCUGAUUGAACAUGAAUAUCCUCUGCACCCUGCGCUCUUCAGUUCAGCUGAGGAAAGAGACAAAAAUGCUCGACUACGCGCCAUGAAUGGGCAAUCCACUGAACAUGGAUGGGUGGAUACUCAUGUUGACGAUUUUGCUCAAGGUGCUGUACCUGAUCGUGAUAUAGCGGAAGGCAGCGUAACCGCUGGCCGCGAUAUUUUUGCUCUUGACUGUGAAAUGUGCAUCACUGAAGGUGGUAAAUCUGAACUCACCAGAAUUAGUCUUGUCUCAUGGGACGGUGAACGAGUCCUAGAUGAGUUCGUUAAACCAGAAAACCCCAUAAUAGAUUAUUUAACACGCUUCUCUGGUGUUACUAAAGAAAAACUCGAUCCAGUUACUACGAAUUUAUCCGACAUACAACAGAAAUUACUUAGAAUUUUGACGCCUCGCUCGAUAUUAAUUGGACAUUCUCUUAACUCCGACCUCAACGCCUUGAAACUAACACAUCCGUUCAUCGUCGAUACAGCCUCUAUAUAUCCGCAUCCACGAGGACCGCCUCUGAAACCAAGUCUCAAAUGGUUAUGUCAGAGGUACCUAGGAAGAGAAAUCCAAAAGGGAAUGGCUGGCCAUGACCCGGUUGAAGAUGCAAAGGCAGUAUUAGAUCUUGUGAAGCAGAAAUGCGAAAAGGGUGAAGCGUGGGGUACUAACGAAGCUUCAACCGAGAGUAUCUUCCAACGCCUUGCCAGGUCUUCAAGGCCAGUAAAAUCUUCCGGCCCUGUCUCACAAGGAGGAAGAACAGGAGCAGUGGUCGACUGGGGCAGCCCUGAACGCGGUUUUGGUGCCCAGGCCAGUGUCACUCUAGGCUGCGCCAAUGACGAAGAAGUUGUCAAAUCAACCAAGAUUGCUGUCAGCGGAGAUCCGACGGGCAAAAUAGUCUCGGGGGAUGGUGUUGACUUCACUUGGGCACGACUGCGCAAUCUGGAAAUCUCCCGAGGGUGGUGCAACCGCAUUCCCGGUGCGAGCCAAAAUAACCAAUCCAUCAAUAUAUCAGAUCAGGAUAUCAUUAGCCCGGCAAACCCAGACGAACUUGGACGGGCUGUUGCUAAAACCGUUUCUUGUAUAAAAGAGAUAUGGGACCAUCUACCUCCAUGUACGCUUUUCAUUAUAUAUUCAGGCACUGGCGACCCCCGAGAGGUAACACGGCUACAGGCUAUGCGCAGAACUUAUAAUGAGGAGUUCCGAAACAGAAAGCCUUGGGAUGAACUCACCGUGAAAUGGACGGAUACUGAGGAACAGGCAUUAAAACGCGCCUGUCAAGCCGCAAGGGAUGGAUGUGGACUUAUGACUGUAAAGUAA